CGUUGCAAGGAGAGUGUGUACGAAGCCUCGUUGCAAACAACUUGUCUGAGCCUGGAGGCUGCGAUUAUUAACGCAUGCAGUUGACAAUGCUCAUGCUGAUCCUGCGAGACACACACUGGACUGCUGCAGACUGAGAAGGCACGAGAGGGUGGAGCUGCAGAACGCAUACAAACAGAGCCUGCAAAACAACGGGGAACAUUAAUCACAUCUGCACAAAUACUACUAUCGCAAAUCACAGUGCAUUUUAUAUACACACGCAACAAAGAUGGCUGUAAUCGAUAUCCUGACACCAGCUGUUGGGGAAAAUCCACAUGAUGCCAAACACCCAACCGAAGAGACAGGUAUUCCUGAAGAGGGCAUUUCUGGAACCAAAACACCAAUACAAGAAUCUGGCAUUAAGGAAGAGCAUUGUGUCAGUGAUCAACUGGAGAAAAAAGAUCUUCAGUCUCCCCCCUUGUCAACACUGGAUUGUCUUACCCAAGAUGAGAUGAACGGAAGCCCAGCAAUCCAACCUUUAGCACGCACUUCGGUACACUCAGAUGAAGAACACUCAGACAAAGCUCCCAACUCCCCUGACCUCAUUGCUCACCACCAGCUAGAAGAUCCAGCCCAAGAAAGGGACCCUGCUUUGGAUACAGAGAACACCCCAAGUGAGGAAGAUGGUGGAGCCCUAACUCUGGGUUCUGGAGAUGUUCCUGCUGUAUCUUGCAGCUUGGACCACGACCCGAUUCCUACUGCUGAUUGUGAUGAUAAAAAGAAGGAGACAAAAAAAAAGAACCGCCGUCAGAAGAAAUCGAAGGCCAAGAAGAUGAAGAAAAACAAACCAUCUCCAGCGAUCGCUUCAUCGACUCACUGCUGUGCUAUCACGAAGGUGUUGGAGGAUCUGAGACCUUGGUUGAUAGGUUUUCUGGUAGUUCUACUGCUAUGUUUGUACUCCUCUGCUGAUGCUAUCAAUAUACCUGCUCCGGUCUGCAUUGGACAAACUGCAGCCCUGGAUUUGAAUACGGAGGGCCCUGUGAAAGGACCUUAUGCUGUAUAUAAGGGAAUUUUUCGGAAAAGCAAGGUUGUGUACUCAAAUGAGAUUGUGUCCAACUGUCCUCCAAGACCAUACGUCAUCCCAGAUGAUCAAAGCUACUUAUUCUGCAACUCGGACAAUGGAACAGCCCUGCUUCUGGUGUCAAAUGUUACUUUGGCGCACAACAGCAAAUUCACAGUCGAAUAUACAACUCAAGAUGACAGCCCAGGUUCCAAGGAGACCAGCCUGCAAGUCAAUAGCACUGAGUGCCCUUCAAAAAUGACAAAUGAGGACUCUCGCAACGAUACGAACACACAAAGCAACCUUGGUGAAGGUCCCAACAUCCCAGUUCUUUGUGGUUUUGUCGCUGGAGUUGUAAUAUUACUCGUUGCCCUUGCUUUGGCUGGAUAUUGUUUGAUCAAAAGAUGCAGGAAAGAUGGAGAGCAAAACAUGAUUGAAUUAGAUCAAGUGGAUGCCUGUAGCAGAUUGGCUGAGGAUGGCCAGCAGGCUGCGACUGGGAAUGGGAAUAUCAACCAAUAGCAAGCCAAGAUGCUGAAGGGUCUGCUGAGAACCGGCCUGCAGCUGUGUAGCUCAUAUUGCACAGAGAUUAGUAUUCUCAGUAAUUAGUUAGUGAAAUCUAGAGAAGUUGAUGGAACCAUGCUUGAGUUCAGAACUAAGAUGAAAAAUCUGGGGGUGAUUUUCGAUCCUGGGUUAACUUUUGAAUCGCAUGUGCUGAACACUGUCAAGGUUUCUUUUUUUCACCUUAGAAAUAUUGCCAGACUGCGUCCCAUGCUUUCUCUACCUGCAGCUGAAAAACUGGUUCAUGCUUUUGUUUUCCCCAGGAUCGAUUACUGUAACGCCCGGCUCGCUGGGGUGUCUAAUAGCAUCCUCACUAAAAUUCAAUUUGUUCAAAACUCUGCAGCCAGAAUUUUGUCUCGGUCCCGCUCAAGAGAUCACAUCACUCCUGUCUUGGAGGCCUUGCAGUGGCUGCCUAUCAGGUUUAGAAUUGAUUUUAAAAUUUUAAAAUCUUCAUGGGCUAACUCAGACUUCUCUGUCAGAUCUUUUAUCUCUGUUCUGCUGAUCUCAGACUGCUGUGUGUCCCGCCUGCUCGCCUGCGCUCUAUGGGUGACAGGACCUUCUGUUGCUAUGCCCCCAAAUCAUGGAACUCUAUUCCACUAGAGAUCAGGGACUCAGCUUCUCUGAGAGUUUUUAAGCUAAUUUAAAGACUUUGUUUUUUUAGAAAAGCAUUUUUAUGAUUUUUAUGAUUGUUUUAUUUCCUUGUAUUUUUUAUGUAUAAUCCUUUUAUUUUAUUGCUGUACUAUUAAUUGUGAAGAACUCUGACAUGAUUGCUUUUAAGGUGUUUCUCUCGAAACUCCACAUUCACAAAACUGCUUUGAAUGUUUAUUUAAUCACCAUAGAGAGCUGCUCAGUGCAUGAACUGCUGUCUUCAUUAUCUUUAACACUUUGACUACUGUGGCAUUUUUGAGCUUUGAUUAUUUGUAUUUGUUAAACGCAGAAAUAUGCCAAGUACUCAUUAACACUAGCAAGCAGGCUUUUAUAUUGUAUUUACUAAUUAUUUUUAAUAGACAUAUACAUUUGUGUUAAUGUCGUGCACUGCAAUA